AUGAAUAGCAAAGUGUGCUUUAGUUAUCACGACUUGGACGUGGUGAAAAGGUCAGAUGAGGCUCAACAUGCGUUUCGCGAAUUUGUCCACAAAAAAGGCAGAUUCUCCGAGAAAGAGAAAGCCGCUUUAGACUUUAAGAGUGUGGGGGCUUUUGAGGAAUUCUGGAGCUCAACCUACAAAGCGAAAGAGAAGUUCGAAGCCGCUAUCAAUAGCGAGAUCAGAUCUAAAAUACAGAGCUUUGUGAGCUCGGCGUGCAGUAUCAUGAAAAAUCUGGAACCGAUUGUGGCGCUUGUUAAGGAUCUCGGAGCUCCCUACGGUAGCUUGGCCAUCGGGACAAUCUCCUUUGUUUUUACGGUUGUCAACGAAAGAGCUCAAACGGAGAAUCUGAUAUCAAGAACGCUUCUUGAGAUCAGGGAUAGGGUCCCAGGUCUCAAUCUCUAUCGUCACAUCUAUUCUGACGAACACGAGCUUGAUCAAGGCUUACAGUCCAAGAUUGUGGGCGCUUAUGAUUGCUUCAUGACAUUUUGCAUAGAAGCUACGAAGUACUACACGAAGGGAGGAUUCAGACGGUUGAUUGAUGCUAUAUGUGGAUCAAUAACAUUGAAAGAUCAAUCAUACCAGGUUCAAAGGGCCAUAGUUGAAGUUAGGCACAGUAGUGAGGAACUGCUCAACAAGAACGUCGAUACUAUUAAGCAGCUAAGCAAAGACCAAGCACAAACGAUUGAAGAUCUCAAGAUGCAAAUCGAAAAGUUGCAGGAUGGGCGCAAUAGCGACACUUUAAACAAAAUACAGUCCUUACUUAACCUGGAAACAUACUCAGCAGAAUUUGAACAAACCCUUCUGAGGAGGUACCAAUAUGAGAUCAAUCAACAUUUUGACUUGCACUGGUCACCUAUCUUGGAGAGAAUGCAAGGAGAAAAGCUACAGGCCUUCCAGCAAGGACAAGAGUUCCAUAGAUGGCAACAUUCUGACCAGUCAUCAAUCCUGAUUUUAGUAGGGUACAACGAGUUGUCCAUCUACAACGAUGAAAUGUGCUGGAUGUCCCCAACUGCCCUACAAAUGAUUGAAAACAUGAUCAACGAUCAGCAAAAAGAUCCUUUUGCGUUCUACCUUUUUGGUCAGCAACGAGAGGAUCUUUUCCCUCAGGUUUUGUGCUCCAUUAUAAUUCAGCUACUGAGGAAAAACCGCAAGGCAUUGCAGAACCAGAUACAGUACGACGAGCUCCAGGAAGAACUAGUGUAUUAUGAAGAAGCGCUUCGGAAUGUGGCUCUACGGGCUCUAGACAUGUUUGACUUGCGCAAAACGGUAUGGAUUAUUCUUGAUCGCGUGGAUCAGGGCAAGCAUGGAAGACAGGGGGCCAAUCAUCGGAAAAUGCUGAUCAAAUCAAUGGUCCGCCUGGUGGAGAAGGCUAAGGUCAAGUUGAAAGUACUGGCUGUCGUUAAUGGGUACGAUUGGCCCGCGGAUAAGGAGUUUGAUGAUUUCGAGCAAAUCAAAAAGUCAAAUGUGGUUGUUCAUCCGGUUCGUCAAUCACUAAAAGAUUACUAG